AGAAAAAGCAGAAUGCGACGUCAUCGAUCUGCUGCCAGUAGAAUUGUGGUCAAAAUGUAAACACCAGAAGGAAAAUAACAGACUAUAUGAACAGAGUUAUUAAAAACAGCCAGGUUCUCUAAAGUCCUGCCAUUGACUGCAUUGUCGUUGUUGCCACACGAGCAGGACAAUAUGAAUCCACUCAGUUCAGAGAAGGAAACGUUGAUUGAUGAAAUUGAACAGAGUUUAUUCACUUUAACUGUGGACAAUUUACGUUACCUGUGUGAACGUCAUGGCAAAGAUGGCUGUGAAAUUAAAGGGAUGAAUCAUCGCUUAUUAAGGCGUAAAGUCAUGGAGGAAAUGUGGGACAAUACGGAUUCAAUCAAAUCAGAGGAGCAGGGAAUGUCUUGGUUAGUUCAACUGAAAGAGGACAUCAGAAGGAUGCUGGAGGAUGCUAGUGGGGCACCAAUUAGUCCCAGCAAGUCCGAUGAUGAUGAUGCUAUCGACUAUGACGAAGAAUGCGACAAGGAGGACAGCGAUUGGUUGCCUAGCAAUGGACUGAAGGCGGAACACUUGAGUUCCAGCCAAUCCGAUGACAACGCUGCAGACUGCGACAAAGACUGGGACAUGGAGGACAAGGACUGGUUGGCUAGCGAUGGGCUGGAGGCAGAGUCAGAUCCAGAGAGGCACACUCCAGAGCAGAGAGUAAGAGAGGACAAGCCUCCUCCGCCUCCCUCCCCUUUCUCAGAGUCCCCAGGUCGUGCCUCUCCCAGUAGUACCUUACUGCAGAGUCAGAAGAGGGUGUCUGUGCGGCUGGUCGACUGCAGGAAAACACCGGGGCAGAGUAGCCAUAUAAUACACAAGACAAUGCAGACGGGAGAGAAACCCCACAGCUGGUCUAAUGCUGAACAACACAAAACCCUCUCAGAAGACAGGCCUGGCUCCCAUAUCUGUGAUCACUGUGGGAAGAAUUUUACCACAGCAAGAAGUCUACAACUACACCUACAGAACUUGAAGAGAUUCAGUGAUACCGUCACUGCAGAGAAACCACACGUGUGCUCUGAAUGCGGAAAGGGAUUCUCUCAGGCCUACAGUCUUAAGAUACAUUGGAGAACUCACACUGGGGAGAAACCGUACGUUUGUUAUCAGUGUGGGAAGGGUUUCACUGAAUCUGGAACCUUAAAGAGACACAUCAGAACUCACACGGGAGAGAAACCUUUCCACUGCCCUCGUUGUGGGAAGGACUUCAUUGAAUCUGGAGGCUUGAAGAAACACAUCAAAAGAGCUCACCCAGGAGAGGAGGUCGUUGUCCCUCAGAAGAGCGUCCAUACAGGAGAGAAACCUUACCAUUUCUCCUCUGACGACUGUGGGAUGAGCUUUGCUACCUCACGCGAACAGAGACUACAACAGAGAAAACACACAAGAGAGAAGCUUCGCAGCGCGCCUAACGCUAAGCAACGUAAGGAACCCCUCUCAGGAGAUGGCUCCCAUAUCUGUGAUCACUGUGGGAAGAAUUUUACCACAGCAAGAAGUCUAAAACUACACCUACAGUACCUGAAGAGAUACAGAGAUAACUUGACUGGAGAGAAACCACACGUGUGCUCUACAUGCGGAAAGGGAUUCAGUGAGGCUGGCAGUCUUAAGAGACACCUGAGAACUCAUACUGGGGAGAAACCGUACGUCUGCCAUCAUUGUGGGAAGAACUACAAUGAUUCUGGAAACUUACAGAAACACAUCAGAACCCACACAGGUGAGAAACCUUACCACUGCUCGGAUUGUGGGAAGAAUUUCCGUGUAAAAAUAAGCCUGAAACAUCACCAGGAAAUUGUUCACACAGAUCACCCUCACCGCUGUGGUCAAUGUAAGAAGAGUUUCAUAACUGCAGAAAGGCUGGAAUCACACAUUAAGACACGACACCCGCCAAAUGAUCCUCUGAAGAACCCACAUGUGUGCUCUGAAUGUGGAAGGGGAUUCAGAUAUGCCGACAAUCUUAAAAUACACCUGAGAAUCCAUACCGGGGAGAAACCGUACGUCUGCCCUCGUUGCGGUAAGGAUUUUACCCAAUCAGGACUCUUACAGAGACACAUGAGAACUCACACGGGAGAGAAACCCUAUCACUGCUCAGUGUGCGGGAUGAAGUUUCGUCAUACAAUCUCGUUAAAGCAGCACCACCUGAAGAACCACAAGGGGGAGACACUGGGUCCAGUCCGUAUGCACCAAGGCCCUCUUCCAUGCCCCCACUGUGGGGAGAAGUUCUCUACCAAGGCUCUGCUGAAGGAUCACCUGCAGAAGACCCACAACAGCCGUGUCCACUGCCCACAGUGCGACAAGACCUUCUCCACUAAACGUAAUUUACUAGUCCACCAGAGGAAGCACACAGGAGAGAGGCCUUACCUUUGCCCUCAGUGUGGGAAGAGUUUCUCUCUGACAGGAAGUUUAAAACUUCAUCUCCGGAUUCAUGCGGGUGAGAAACCAUACUGCUGUACUUACUGUGACAAGAGCUUCACAAGUAAGAGCCACUGCACUCUUCACCUGCGAAUCCACACUGGAGAGAAACCGUACCAAUGCCCUGACUGCGGGAGGAGGUUUCGUGACGGGAAUGUCCUGAAAAACCACCGACGGACCCACACAGGAGAGAAACCGUUCCAGUGCCGCUUGUGUGAUAAAGCCUUCGCUCAGUUGAGCAGUCUGAAGAAACAUCAGGAGACACACAGGCUAACACAGCCUGUCUCAGUCCCAAGACUCCCUAAUCCCUACCUACCACCCAAUCAGCAUGUCCCUUAUCCCUACCCACACCACACUCCAUUGUAACCUGGUUUAUCACCUGUCCAAUCCAUUACAGAUGUGUUUACUACUUCAAGGAAACAAGAUGUGAAGCAUGUGUUUUUUUUAAAGGGGGGGUAUAUUUGAUGUUGUAGUUGUUUUUAAUGGAGACAGGUUAGAAGUAGAGGGGGAGACAGAUGAGGAGGGAAGACAGUGAAGAGUAGAUGCAGGGAUUGAACCCUGGUCUCCAGUGGGGAGGCUGAGGCAUACACAGAGCAUCCAGCUGGGCUACCACAAGACUACAGGCUAUAUGUACUAGAGCUGGGACAUUAAACCCAGAAUGAUCUACAGCGAACAUACCAAUCACUUAUUGCAGGGCGUUUUGCUCUGUCAUUCAUUGCGAUAAAUGUACAUUUACAUUACAUUUACAUUUAAGUCAUUUGGCAGACGCUCUUAUCCAGAGCGACUUACAAAUUGGUGAAUUCACCUUCUGACAUCCAGUGGAACAGCCACUUUACAAUAGUGCAUCUAAAUCAUUUAAGGGGGGGGGGGUGAGAAGGAUUACUUUAUCCUAUCCUAGGUAUUCCUUGAAGAGGUGGGGUUUCAGGUGUCUCCGGAAGGUGGUGAUUGACUCCGCUGUCCUGGCGUCGUGAGGGAGUUUGUUCCACCAUUGGGGGGCCAGAGCAGCGAACAGUUUUGACUGGGCUGAGCGGGAACUGUACUUCCUCAGUGGUAGGGAGGCGAGCAGGCCAGAGGUGGAUGAACGCAGUGCCCUUGUUUGGGUGUAGGGCCUAAAUAACCCUAUACACUAGAACCCUAUACACAGGUUUGUUAAUAUGGCUGUUUGUUCAUGGGACAAUUCAUGGCUAGAACCAUCCAACUAGUAGUAGCAUUUUUAAAAGGAUAAUUGAUUAAACCCGUGGUGCUCGUUGAUGUUAUAAACCCUGUUGUUCCAUAUGUCGUUAUCCACAUCAGUUCAGGCAAUUUAUGACGAUGUGGAGAUUUGUGACCAUAUCGCCCGCAGCUCUACUGUGCAUCUCUAUGUAGUAUUGGAACAGAACCCUGGACUUAGAACCCCCACCCCCCUACCUAUCACGUCCCGUUUGGCCCUCACGUUCCACGUUGACAGAACUCGACCCCCGCCCCCCCUACCUAUCACGUCCCGUUUGGCCCUCACGUUCCACGUUGACAGAUCUCGACCCCCGCCCCCCCUACCUAUCACAUCCCCUUUGG